AUGCAAAUUGGUAAAUAUCUUUUAAGCCGUUUUACAAGUCUUGUACCACCAUUAGUUCUGCCAGAAAAUCCAAUAAAACUUCUUCGAAUGCUCAAUCGUCGUCAAACUGCACUUUUUAUUGUAGCUUUACUUGCUUGGACAUUUGAUGCUUUUGACUUUUUCUCGGUAACACUUAAUAUAACUAAUAUUGCUGAAACAUAUGGUAAAACAGCAUCGGAUAUUACUUGGGGAAUUACAGUUACUCUUAUGCUUCGUUCUGUCGGUGCCAUUAUUUUUGGUGUUGCUGGCGAUCAGUUUGGUCGUAAAUGGCCUUUUAUUGUUAAUGUUGUCUUUUAUGCAAUUGUAGAAAUUUGUACCGGAUUUUGUAAUACUUAUGAACAAUUUCUCGGUGUGAGAGUACUUUUUGGUAUUGCAAUGGGUGGUGUAUAUGGAAACUGUGCUGCUACAGCUUUAGAAGAUGCACCUAUGGCUGUACGAGGUCUCUUAUCAGGUAUGCUGCAACAAGGUUAUGCACUUGGUUAUCUUCUUGCUGCUGCAUUUAAUCUGGCUAUUACUCCAAAUCAAAGUCAUGAGACAGAAACGUUUACUCGCGUCAAGGCGGAACGCGUAGCCAAAGCGUUAGAAAAUAAAAAAGAUUCCAAAGUAUCCAGUGUGCGAGCAUUUCUUAGUGGAAUUCGUCCUGCAUUGGCUGAACAUUGGGCUACAUUAAUUUAUUUGGUAUUGAUGAUGGCUGGAUUUAACUUUUUAUCUCAUGGAAGUCAAGAUUUAUACCCAACGUUUCUUUCUUCUCAAUUGGGAUUUUCUCCUACUUAUGUUACUGUAACUACAGUUGUUGCGAAUUGCGGUGCUAUUCUCGGUGGUUCAGUGGUGGGAUAUUUUUCAAAUUGUUUUGGUCGACGACUUUCAAUUCUAGCUGUUCUAAUUAUCGGUGCUGCUCUUAUUCCUGCCUACACUCUUCCACGUACUAAAAGCAUUAUGGCAGGAGCAUUUUUCGAACAACUUUGUGUUCAAGGAGCUUGGGGUGUUGUACCCAUUCAUCUAAUGGAACUUGCACCUGUAAAUUUUCGUUCAUUUGUUGUUGGCACGUCAUAUCAACUUGGAAAUUUAAUUUCAUCAGCUUCAUCAACUAUUGAAGCCACUGUAGGUGAAAAAUUUCCUCUUUCAACAUCAUCAAGCUCAUCUACUCACAAGCAAUAUGACUAUGGAAAAGUCAUUGCUCUAUUCUUAGGAGCUACCUAUGCCUAUUUAUUGAUUAUCAUAUUUUUAGGACCUGAGAAAAGAAAUAUGGAACAAGAGAAAGUAACCAAAAUUGAAGUUGCAGAAAAUGAAAUCGACGUAACCAAAAUCGAAGUUACAGAAAAAGAAAUCGAAGUAACCAAAAUUGAAGUUACAGAAAAUGGAAUCCAAGUAACACCAAUAUCAACAAAAAAAGUGGAAGCAUUUUAA